AUGAGUAAGACCAUGAGUAAGACCAUGAGUAACACCAUGAGUGAGACCAUGAGUAAGACCAUGAGUAAGACCAUGAGUAAGACCGUGAGUAAGACCAUGAGUAAGACCGUGAGUAAGACCGUGAGUGAGACCAUGAGUGAGACCAUGAGUAAGACCAUGAGUAAGACCAUGAGUAAGACCAUGAGUAAGACCAUGAGUAAGACCGUGAGUAAGACCAUGAGUAACACCAUGAGUAACACCAUGAGUGAGACCAUGAGUAAGACCAUGAGUAAGACCGUGAGUAACACCAUGAGUGAGACCAUGAGUAAGACCUCUGCUCCAGGAGGUCCUGUCAUCCACCAGUCUGCUCCAGGAGGUCCUGUCACCCACCAGUCUGCUCCAGGAGGACCUGUCACCCACCAGUCUGCUCCAGGAGGACCUGUCACCCACCAGUCUGCUCCAGGAGGACCUGUCACCCACCAGUCUGCUCCAGGAGGACCUGUCACCCACCAGUCUGCUCCAGGAGGACCUGUCACCCACGAGUCUGCUCCAGGAGGUCCUGUCAUCCACCAGUCUGCUACAGGAGGACCUGUCACCCACCAGUCUGCUCCAGGAGGACCUGUCAUCCACCAGUCUGCUACAGGAGGACCUGUCACCCACCAGUCUGCUCCAGGAGGUCCUGUCAUCCACCAGUCUGCUCCAGGAGGACCUGUCACCCACCAGUCUGCUCCAGGAGGACCUGUCAUCCACCAGUCUGCUACAGGAGGACCUGUCACCCACCAGUCUGCUCCAGGAGGUCCUGUCACCCACCAGUCUGCUCCAGGAGGUCCUGUCACCCACCAGUCUGCUCCAGGAGGUCCUGUCACCCACCAGUCUGCUCCAGGAGGACCUGUCACCCACCAGUCUGCUCCAGGACGUCCUGUCAUCCAUCAGUCUGCUCUAGGAGGUCCUGUCACCCACCAGUCUGCUCCAGGAGGUCCUGUCAUCCACCAGUCUGCUCCAGGAGGACCUGUCACCCACCAGUCUGCUCCAGGUGGACCUGUCCCCCACCAGUCUGCUCCAGGAGGUCCUGUCACCCACCAGUCUGCUCCAGGAGGACCUGUCACCCACCAGUCUGCUCCAGGACGUCCUGUCAUCCAUCAGUCUGCUCUAGGAGGUCCUGUCACCCACCAGUCUGCUCCAGGAGGUCCUGUCAUCCACCAGUCUGCUCCAGGAGGACCUGUCCCCCACCAGUCUGCUCCAGGAGGACCUGUCCCCCACCAGUCUGCUCCAGGAGGACCUGUCACCCACCAGUCUGCUCCAGGAGGACCUGUCACCCACCAGUCUGCUCCAGGAGGACCUGUCACCCACCAGUCUGCUCCAGGAGGACCUGUCACCCACCAGUCUGCUCCAGCAGGACCUGUCACCCAUUAG